AUGGCUCAGGCGGAAAUGGCCAAAUCAUCCUGCUCUGGUCAGGACCGUGUCUCUACCAUAGAGAAGAUAUGGCGCACAAUGGGUGUAGGGCUCACCACCAAGGCCAGCCCGGUAUACACGAUGGGGCGCCACCCCCAUGAUGAGGUGGUAGUGACAUUGUCGUCAUUCGCUGCAUGGCCAGUUGAGCUAUACAUCGAAUGGCAAUGGCAGCAUCCACCACCCAUUGAUGAUAUGGGCGAACAGCACACCGAUGCACAAUGGCCCGUCGAGCACUAUAUCACGCGGGUGGACCACCCUUGA